CAGAGGCUGCGCCUGCGCACUGGAGCGGGAGGCGGAGUGGAUGCUGAUCGCUCUCUAUCUGCUGCCCUGUGCCCUCCAUCCCUCGGCGAUCAGACAGACAGACACGGACUUAGGGGAGGGGGGAAAUCCGCGCAGGUUUUUGGGGGAGGAUGGGGACACAACCCGGCUGCUGACGAAGGAAGUCUGAUGUAGAUGCUGAGCCAGAGGAGAGCCCAGGGAGCAGCAGCAGCAGCAGCAGCAGUGGGGCUGUAGAUGCCCUCUCCACAGGCCCGGCCCCAGCCCCCUCUCAGGCCUCUGCAGGGGAGCCAGGACAAAGAGGAGACAGCUCCUGCUCUGACUCCGACAGUCCUGUAGAUUCCAGCUCCUGCGAGGAGGAGGGCGAGGAGGAAGAGGAGGAGGAGGAGGAGGAGGAGGAAGAGGAAGAAGACCCAGCAAUGUUCUCCUCAAAAUUCCUCAGUGGGGCCAACCCCCUCAAUGCUGUGUCCUCUGCUGUGAAUAAGUUUGGUUUAUUUGGAGAUGAGGGCGAGGGGAAUAAAAAGCCACCACCCCAGCAGGGGGUGAAACCAGCUAGAGAACAGCAGCCAGGAGUAAGCCCUGGCAAAGACCCUCAGCAAAAUCAGGGCCCCCCAAAACCAGGCCAGGGCACCCCUAUGCAAAAGAGCCAGACUGUUCCUAAGCAAGGAUCACCGCAGCUGCAGGGGAAUGGACAGACUGGACCUUCAAACAAACCCGCUGGGCAACAAGCUGCUUCGAAUCCGGGGACACAGCCUGCAGCCCAGCUUAAAGGAGAGCCCCCAAAAAACCAACCUAAGGGCCCACAGCAGCAAGGUUCACCUAAGCCGGAAGCAAAACAACAGGUUCCAUCUAAGAGUGGAGCACAACCAGAAUCUCCGAAGGCAUCAUCACAGCAACAGGUUCCACCUAAGACAAAGAUGCAACAACAAGGCCCUGCUAAGACUGGUGCACAGCAGCAGCAACCGGCAAAAACUGAGGUGCAAAGGUCUACAAAGGUUGGGACUGAAAUGGGGCAGCAACAGCAGGGGUCACCAAAACCUGGACAGCAGAAAGGCGGCAGGACUACACCCCAGCAGCAAGGCACGAAGGGCCCUGGCACCCCUGGGUCUUCAUCACCGGCAACAAACAGAUCUCAGCCUAAAGCAGGAGCUAAGUCUCUCUGUCCAGUGUGCAACACAACAGAACUUAAUGUGCAUACCAAGGAUCCACCAAACUAUAAAAACUGUACACAGUGUAAAACUGAAGUCUGCAGCUUGUGUGGAUUCAGCCCGCCAGACUCUGAUGGACGGGAGUGGCUUUGUCUUACCUGCCAAAUAAAGAGAGCUCAAGGAACUUCGGAACCACCGGGACCUCCCAUGAAAAAGCCCACAUCAAAUCAGACACCGUCUCCCGCUGCACCUGUCAAAAAAGAAACGUCAGCGCCAGGUUCACCUCAGAGAUUGCAAUCUACAUCAACAAAAGUGCCAGCCAAGGGUGAAGCUGCUAAAGGACCUGAAAGUCAAAAACAAGCCAGCCCAGCAACUGUUCAGAAAAUGACACCUGAGACCCAGAAAGCAUUAGGGUCUCCAAAACCUUCUGGUCAACCUGGACGCAAGCAAAGCAGUGCCACCCCAGCUCCCCAGCAGGAGUCGGGAGGUUUAUUUGGCUUCGGUGGUGCUAAAACUGAAGCUGCAAAGCCCGAAGAGUCAGUGACUGGGAAGAUGUUUGGUUUUGGUUCCUCUAUUUUCAGCUCUGCAUCGACUUUGAUAGCUUCAGCUGUUCAGGAUGAGCCUAAAACCACACCUCCGGUUUCUCCUAAAAUGCAGCCUGCAAAAGACACCAAACCAACUUCUGCUCCAAAGUCAGAGCAAGAUAAGAAACAGCAGCAACCUCAGCAGGCAAAGGCUCAACCAGCAGGGCAGGGGAAAGUGGAAAAAUCAGAGACUCCAAAGGCAGCAGCAGCCCCCCAGGGCAUUCCUAAAGCAGACAAGUCCACUUGUCCAAUCUGCAAGAUGGUGCUCAACGUGGGCUCAAAGGAUCCUCCCAACUACAACAGCUGCACUGACUGCAAAAGCACUGUCUGUAAUCAAUGUGGAUUUAACCCCAUGCCAAACGUUAAAGAGGGAAAUGAGUGGCUUUGCUUAAACUGCCAGGUGAAACGAGCUGCUGCAGGAAUUGAACCUCAGAGAGACCCAUCUUCAGUUAAUUCAUUUAAGAAGACGCCUCCAGCACAGCCUGCACCCCAAAAGACUUCUUCACCAGGGUCUCCUCAGAAAAAGGGAUCAACACCAGCAGCACAACCAGCCAAGGCUGAAGCACCGGACAGUCAUAAACAGGGCAGCCCAGCUCCAGGUCAGACAAAACCUCAGGAGAGCCAGAAGACAGGUCCUCAACAGCCAGUCCAUAAAAGUCAAACUGCACAGAAGCAGGGAAAUGCCACUGCACCACCACAGCGGGAGUCGGGAGGCUUCUUUGGUUUUGGUGGAGGUAAAACUCAGCCCGAAGCUGCAAAGCCUGCAGAGUCAGUGACUGGGAAAAUGUUUGGAUUUGGAUCCUCCAUCUUCAGCUCUGCAUCCACUUUGAUGACUUCAGCUGUUCAAGAUGAGUCAAAAAUUACACCACCUGUUUCUCCCAAGAUGUCUCCAGCAAAAGACCCCAAAUCUCAAACUCUCAAGAAACAAGAACAGGAGAAGAAACCGGAGCAACCGCAGCAAGCAAAGGGUUCACCAUCAGUACAACCAAAAGCAGACAAACCUCAAUCAGAACCUCUAAAGAAAGCAUCAGCUUCGCCAGUUGUUUCCAAGGCAGGCCAGUCUACCUGUCCUCUCUGUAAACUGGAACUCAACGUGGGCUCUAAAGAUCCUCCCAACUACAACACCUGUACUGAGUGCAAAAACACUGUCUGUAACCAAUGUGGAUUUAACCCCAUGCCAAAUGUUAAGGAGGUGAAGGAGUGGCUAUGUCUCAACUGUCAGAUGCAGAGAGCACUAGGAGCAUCUGAACCUCCAGGAACUCCCAUGAUGAAACUACAGGCUUCACCAAAUAAAGUCAGUGCACCUACCAGUGCACCAAAGAAGGACACUCCCCCAUUGGACACCCCUCCAAAGAAAGACAUUCCAGCGCCUGCUGAGUCUAAAGUAAAGGAGGGCUCUCCAUCAGGCUCUCCUGUCAGGAAACCACAAAAACAAGCAGAACAGUCAGCAAAGACUGAAGCUGUGAAGGGACCUGAAAGUCAGAAACAGGUCAGCCCAACACCUGGUCAGAAAACUCCACAGCAAGGCCAGAAGAUGGGUCCUCAGAAACCACCAGACCAGGCCAAACCAAAUCAAACUGGAGUUAAAAAGAGUAGCAUUACAUCGACUACACAAGAGGAAUCUGGGGGGUUCUUUGGAUUUGGUGGUCCCAAACCUCAACCUGAUGCUGCCAAACCUGCUGAAUCUAUAGGUGGAAAAAUGUUUGGCUUUGGUUCCUCAAUCUUCAGUUCUGCAUCCACUUUAAUAAACUCAGCUGUCCAAGAUGAAUCCAAAACGACACCACCAGUUUCUCCCAAGAUGCCUGCUGCAAAGGCAAGCAAAUCACCUCCUGUUCAGAAACCUGAGCAGGAAAAGAAACCAGAACAAGUUCAACAGCCCAAGACCUCUCCAUUGCCACAAGCCAAAGUAGAAAAAGGCCCAUCAGAGCCCAAAAAGGAUGCAGCAGCUUCACCAGUUGUUCCUAAGGCAGGGCAAUCUACCUGUCCGCUCUGUAAGGUCCAGCUCAACUUUGGCUCCAAGGAACCUCCAAACUACAAUAAAUGUACUGAAUGCCAGAACACUGUCUGCAACCAAUGUGGAUUCAAUCCAAUGCCAAAUGUGUCAGAGGUUAAAGAAUGGUUAUGCCUGAACUGUCAAAUGCAGAGAGCGCUUAGUGCAUCUGAACUCACGGGACCUCCUAUGAAACCGAACACUGGAGCUAACAAAAUCGCUCCUUCUGCUGUACAGCAGAAAAUCACAGCUCCAAACCAAGUGGAAAAGAAGGGGAGUUCCACACCAGGUUCUCCUCAGAAGACACCGCCUGCAGCAGCAGCAGCAGCAGCAACACCUGCAACUAAGGUUGCACCUGCUGCUAAAGGUCCAGACACUGAAACAAAAACUAGUCCAGCUCCUGGUAGGAAAACUCCUGUGGAUAUCCUGGGGGCACCAGGUUCUCAGAAACUUUCUGACCAGACAAGUGAAAAUGCACUGAAACCGACGAAGGCUGACACAGACAAACAGCCAGAGUCAGGAAUGAAAUCUGUAUUGACAGGUCCUAAAGCAGGCCCUGAUGCUUCAAAAACAACAGAAUCAGUCAGUGGAAAGGUGUUUGGCUUUGGGUCCUCCAUUUUCAGCUCAGCAUCCAACCUGAUAUCAUCUGCUGUCCAGGAUGAAUCACGGAUGACACCUCCGGGCUCCCGUAAGAUGUCUGCACCAGCGCAGGUCUCUCCCAAAAUGUCUGCUGUGCCCAAGAUUUCUCCAAAAAGCACACCAACGGUUUCUCCAAAAAUGUCGCCCAAAAGACUUGCUCAGAAGCCAGAGCAGGAGAAGAAACUAGAUGAGUCAAAACAGGUCAAAGAGGACAAAGCUCCAGCACCGUCACCAAAAGCAGCAACAGUCUCACAAACGGCUCCUGCUGCAGGUCAGACUACCUGUCCGCUGUGUAAAGUUGAGCUUAACAUCGGCUCCAAGCAACCUCCCAACUACAACACCUGCACUGAGUGUAAGGCUGUUGUCUGUAACCAGUGCGGAUUUAACCCCAUGCCCAUAGGAGAGGUGAAAGAAUGGCUAUGUCUUGACUGUCAGAUGAAAAGAGCAGUUGGAGCUGCUGAGUCCCUUGGACCUCCCACACUGAAGCCCCAAACCUCACCCAAUAAAGUUCCUUCACCUGCUGGAGUCCAGUUACAGGAUUCUCCCAAACCAACUUCUCCUCAAAAGAAACCCAGUCCAGACCUUGCAGUACAAAAGAAAGAGACUUCAGAACCAGUUUCUCCACAGAGAAAACAAUCAACAGCUUCAGCGGGGUCAGGCAAAUCUGAACCUGCUCCUGCACCACUGAAGCAGGCCAGCCCAGCGUCUGAUCGUAAAAUGUCACAAGAAAAACAGAUAACAGCUCCAGAGAAACUGCCAGAUCAAGCAAGCCAAGCUGGGCGUAAGCAGAGUAAUGCCAGUACAGGAUCACAACAAGAGACAGGAGGGUUCUUUGGCUUUGGUGGUCCUAAACCUCAACCUGACGCUGCAAAGCCGGCAGACUCGGUGACUGGAAAAAUGUUUGGCUUUGGCUCUUCCAUUUUCAGCUCUGCAUCCACUUUGAUAACCUCAGCUGUUCAGGACCAGCCGAAGACCACGCCGCCAGUUUCUCCCAAGAUGUCUCCUGCAAAGGACCCCAAAUCUCCUGCUGUCAAGAAACCAGAAGAAGACAAGAAACCAGAGCAACCUCAGCAAGCAAAGGGUCCAACAUCAGUACAGCCAAAAGCAGGUGAGAUCAAGUCUCCUGCUCUCCAGAAGUCGGAGCAGCAGAAGAAAGCAGAGCCAACCCAGCCAACCAAGACACCUCCACCGGUACAAGCCAAAGUGGACAAAGCCCCAUCAGAACCUCCAAAGCCUUCAGCAGUUUCGCAAGAAGCUGUCAAACCAGACCAGUCUACCUGUCCACUCUGCAAGGUCAAGCUCAACAUAGGUUCCAAGGAUCUACCAAACUACAACACAUGCACUGAAUGCAAGAACACUGUCUGCAACCAGUGUGGAUUUAACCCGAUGCCAAAUGAAACGGGGGCGAAGGAGUGGUUGUGUCUCACUUGCCAGAUGCAGCGGGCUCUUGGAGCAGCACAGCCACCAGAAGUCACUUCUGUCAAUGCUCAGACACCUGCAAAACCCCAAAAGAAAGACAUUAGCAGCCCAGCUGAACCUGAAAAGAAACAAUCAUCAACACCGCAGUCACCUCAGAGGAAACUCUCUGUAACAGCGCAGCCUGCUAAAUCUGAUGCUACUGACAAGCCGGAGGUUCAGAAAAAGGCCAGCCCAGUUCCUUCUCAGAAAAUACCACAAGAGCCCCAGAAAACAACAGGUCCUAGCAAAUCACCAGAGCAGCCAAGACAAGCUGAACGUAAGCAUAGCAGUGCCACAGCAACGACACAGAAAGAGUCAGGAGGCUUCUUUGGUUUUGGCGGUGGUAAAGCUCAGCCCGAAGCUGAAAAGCCGGCAGAGUCCGUGACUGGAAAAAUGUUUGGCUUUGGUUCUUCCAUUUUCAGUUCUGCAUCAACUUUGAUUACCUCCACUGUUCAGGACCAGCCUAAAACCACUCCACCAGUUUCUCCUAAGUUGUCCCCUGCAAAAGAGAUUAAAUCCCCUGCUGCUCAGGAGAAGAAGAAGCCAGAACAACCCCAGCAGACCAAGGCAUCUCCACAGGUGCAGGCCAAGGUAGAAAAAGCUCCAUCAGAGCCUCCAAAGGCUGCAGGAGUCACUCUGAAACCAGGCCAGUCCAGCUGUACGCUCUGUAAGGCUGAGCUCAACAUGGGGUCCAAGGAUCCGCCUAACUACAAUAUGUGCACUGAAUGCAAGAACACCGUCUGUAACCAGUGUGGAUUUAAUACGAUGCCAAAUGAGUCAGAGACGAAGGAGUGGUUGUGUCUGACUUGUCAGAUGCAAAGGGCCCUCAAAGCAGCAGAAUCAGUACAGCCUCCACUGAUGAAACCUCAAGCAUCACCCAACAAAGUGCCUGCACCUGCCCAAAAAGAUGCCACUGCACAAAAAGCCGAAGUUAAAGACAAAACUCAGAAGGACAGUCCAGCACCAGGCGCACCACAAAAGAAAACAGACACAACACAACCAUUAACCACCACCACACCACCGGCAAAAGGCCCUCCAGCUCCUGCUUCAGCCACAACAAAAGAGGAGAAACCCAGUGAGCCUCCUGCCAAGGAGGUUCCAACCAGCACUGCACCUCCAAGCAAAGAGACUGGGACUAAAGUUUCAGAUCCAAGUGCACCACUGCCUGCUCAAGCUCUUCCUGUCAUCACUGAUAUUGAAACUUCAAUUGAAAAGAAAAAGGAUCUCACUCAACCAAAUGUUUCUCAAACUAAAGCAGUACCACAAAAGACCGAGGACAAAGCUGAAACAGUUCAGAAAACAGCUGUUAAAUCAUCUGAUGAAGUACAGCCCCAACAAGCCAAAGAGCCACAGCUAGUUGAAACAUCACUUGCCAAAACUGGUCCACCAGCAACACAGCCAGAAAAACAAGAAUCAGGAAGUUUCUUUAGCUUUGGUAGUCCUAAAUCUCAGCGUUCCGCUUCAAUAACAACUGAAGCGGUGACUGGGAAGAUGAUGGGAUUUGGUUCAUCAAUCUUCAGCUCAGCCUCAAAUUUGAUAACAUCUGCAGUUCAGGAUGAGUCUCGCACACCACCAAGGUCUCGCAAAAUGUCUGCCCCACCAGUCUCUGACAGAAAGUCAGAACUGCAGAUUUCUCCAAAGCCCAGCCCCCCUGCUUCUCCAAAGGUAACUACAGCAAAGGAGGUCAAGCCACAAACUGCUCAGAAACCAGAAGUGGAAAAAAUCCCGGACCAAACUCAGGAGGCUAAGGCUGCUCCAUCAGGACUGACUAAAGUGGACAAAGCUCCAGUAGAGCCUGCAGAAACAGAAGGUUCCCAAGCUGCUCCAAAAGUGGGUCAAUCUACUUGUCCACUCUGUAAGGUGGAACUUAACAUGGACUUCAAAAAUCCUCCAAACUACAACACUUGCACUGAGUGCAAAACCACUGUCUGCAGCAAGUGUGGAUUUAGUCCCAUGCCAAAUGUAACAGAGGCAAAGGAAUGGCUGUGUCUCAACUGCCAGAUGCAGAGAGCACUUGGAGCUUCUGAACCUCCAGGCCUCCCCAUGAUAAAACCACAGCCUUCGCCAAGCAAAGAGGUUCCUGUCACCACAGAGAAGAAAGAAACCCCAGUGUCUGCUACUCAGGAAGACAUUCCUAAACCAAGUGCACCCAAAACUGCGCUUGCUGAAAUUGCCACAGCCAAAGAAACUGACGCCACGAAAGUUACUGCACCAACAAAUAAAGUUACUCCAGCAGCUGCUCCAUUGCCUGAUAAAACAGUUCCAUCCACUAUCACAAAGACUGAUGUUUCUCCGGCUCCACAGAAACCUUCUGCAGAGAAGCCCAAACAGCCUGGAGCACCCCAGCAACAGACUCCAAAAGUUCAGACUACUUCCAAGCCUGCCGCUCCACCACAACCAGACACUGGAAAACCACCCACACAGCAGCCUCCAAAAGCUGGGACAUCUCCUGCUAAAACUGCACCACCACCAGCUCAGCCUGCAAAACAGGAGUCAGGAGGCUUCUUUGGUUUCGGUGCUCCUAAAACACCACCUACUGCAGCAAAGUCUGCAGAGUCAGUGACAGGAAAGGUGUUUGGCUUUGGGUCAUCGUUCUUAAGCUCUGCAUCCACAUUAAUAACUUCAGCUGUCCAGGAUGAAUCGAAAACACCACCAACUCCUCGUAAGAUGUCCACAGCCAGCGUCUCUCCUAAAACUACACCUCCAGCCUCUCCUAAAACAGUACCUCCAAAGGACACCAAGUCGCCUGCCGUCCAGAAAACUGAAGAGAAGAAACCAGAGAAACCACAGCAGGCUAAGACUCCUUCGACAGUACAAGCCAAAGUGGACAAAGCUCCAUCAGAGCUGCCCAAGGCACCAGCCGACACCCAAGGUGCUUCAAAGGCAGAUCAGUCCACCUGUCCGCUGUGUAAAGUCGAACUCAACCUGGGUUCCAAGGAUCUACCCAACUAUAACACCUGCACGGAAUGCAAAACUACUGUCUGCAACCAGUGUGGCUUUAAUCCAAUGCCAAAUGUGUCAGAGGUAAAGGAAUGGCUUUGUCUGAACUGCCAAAUGCAGAGAGCCCUAGGAGCAUCUGAACCCACUGGGCCUGCUGUAGUGAAACCACAGCCCUCGCCAAGCAAGGUUUCUGCGCCUCAGAAGGAGACGCCGGUAUUAGUCCAGAAGGAAAAGCCUACAGAACAUACAGAAGUGCAAAAAGAGGCCACUCAAACAACACUACCCAAGAAAGAAGCCCCCAAAGCUGAGGCUCCAGUGCCAACUGUGGUCCAAAAGACAGACAAACCACAGCAAGGCAUUGUGCAAAAGACACAAGAGAUUUUAGGGACUCAACAAAGACAAGCCCAGGACAAGGCUGGCCAGCAGAUACCGGUAGGAAAACCUCCACAAACUACAAAACCAGAAGUAAAACCAGAAGCUGGCAAGAUUGCACAACAGCCCCCUAAAUCUGCGACCCCUCCUGCAAAAUCUGCACCACCACCAGCUCAGCCUACCAAACAGGAGUCAGGAGGCUUCUUUGGCUUUGGUGCUCCUAAAACACCACCUACUGCUGUAAAGUCUGCAGAGUCAGUGACAGGAAAGAUGUUUGGCUUUGGAUCAUCUUUCUUAAGCUCUGCAUCCACUUUGAUAACCUCCGCUGUCCAGGAUGAAUCUAAAACUACUCCCCCAACUCCCCGUAAGAUGUCCACGACAACCACACCUAAAACUACGCCUCCAGUUUCUCCCAAGAUGGCCCCUGCAAAGGAUACCAAACCACCUGCCACACAGAAAUCAGAGCCACCUCAGCCGGCCAAGCCUAUUCCAGCAGCGCAGGUCAAAGCAGAGAAAGCUCCACCUGAGCCUCCAAAACCCACGGAGGUCACCAAGGUUGCCCCUAAAGCAAGUCUGUCCACCUGUCCACUGUGUAAGGUCGAACUUAAUGUGGGCUCCAAGGAUCCUCCCAAUUACAACACCUGUACUGAAUGCAAGAACACCGUCUGCAAUCUUUGUGGAUUUAACCCCAUGCCUCAUACAGGAGCGAAGGAAUGGCUGUGUUUGAACUGUCAGACCCAAAGGGCUUUGUCAGGACAGCUGGGAGACUCAGGAAAAAUGCCUCAACCUUCACCUGUACCUGCCAAGGCAGAGACCCAGGCCACAGCUGCAGCCAAAAAGGCAGAACCCAAAACUGCCCUCACAAAGGCAGAGGAGAAACCUGGAGCCACAAAACCACAGCCUGUACCUACCCCUAUCGAGGCAGUACCAACAGUUCCAACCACAAAAGCAAAGGCAGAACCUACAUCUGUCAAGAUGGAAGCUGUGGCUACAGCAGCUUCUGUGCAAAUUGAACUUGAGACGACAAAGACACCCAAAAUAGCAAAGAUUUCACCAGUUAUAGCAGAAAAGCAGCCUUUAGUUGCAUCAACAGCAGAACCCUAUAUGCCUCCCAUGGCACCUGUACAACAACCAGAGGCAACACCAAAGGUUGAAGUGCCAAACACAGAUAUUCCUAAGACUGUAACCGUGGAAAGCGAAAAAGAGACAAUGAAAAUGGAUAUCGGUGUGGCAGAACCUCCCAAAGCUCAAGAGUCUAAACCUGAUCUUCCAGAAGUCAAAGUUGAAGCAAGUGUGUUUACGACUUCUGCUACUCCGAUGACCACGGCUACAGCUGUACCUACAGAAACUAUUCAGGCAGAAGCUGCAUCUGUAGUUGUUUCGGAAACUGAAACAAAAGCUCAGGUGUCUGUUUCAGAGAGGAGUAUUAAGGAGGUACAGCUUGAUGAUGAUAUCAAACUAACAAAGCCAGCAAAAUCUUUGCAACAAAUUGAGGUGCAUCCAACAACGCAAGAACAGCAGCUCACAUUAGAAGUACAACCUGUCAAAGAAGCUGAAAGCAAAGAAAUUGCUGAUAAGCUGGAUGAAAGGAUCACUGACAUCACCUCAGCUCCAGAGUCACAACCAGUACUAACGAAGAGCAUAAUGAUAGAAGAUCAAGAUGAAAACAAGGAAAAGUUAGAGAAAAAAGAAAGGUGUCUCUACCUACUGGACAAGUUCAAUUGGAAAACAAAGUUGUCCCUGUAACAACUAUUAAGCCUGCAUCCAAAGAGGAGCA